AUGGAGUACUAUUCGUCACUUGAUGCAUCUCAGCUUGAUCGUGAGACUCCGACUCUUUUCGAACUUAUAUCGGCUAAUCAGCUUGAAUCCCUCCUAUCGCCGUCGUUGCGUUACAUAUUGGUCCAUUAUGCCCAAAGAUAUCCCGGCUACUUACUUAAGGUGACCAAUAACUUUGAUGAGUUGAAUUUGGCGCUAAGAACUUUUAUUGAGUGGUACUUCUUCAAGUACUGGCAGGGCUCUUUCACUGAAAACUUCUACGGCUUGAAGAGAGUUAGUCAGACACCUUUAUCCGAUCAGAAGUACAACAGCAGCAGAUUGACGCAGUUGGCUCCGAGCAUGAUCGAAGAGAGGAGAAAGCUUUCUAACUACCAGAUGUGGGUCUCAAUCUUCGAGAUCACUGGUGUGUCGUACUUAUCUGAGAAGUGCAACUAUACAUACGAGAUACUUUAUUCCAAGUAUAUUACUGGCCAGUUGAAUGAAUCAGCGGCUGCUGAUGAACUGGAAAGAAGAAAAAUCUGGAUCAAGAGGAAAUUUGUCGAGAUUUAUCCUUACAUACAAAGUGUCUGGCGUGCUGGGAACCUAGUCACCACACUUCUAUACUUGAGCGGUAACUCGAAAUCCGCCUCCUUGCUCACGUUUUUGUUCAAGAUCAACUUCUCGAGAUUGAGUCAAUAUGACUAUCAAAAGAACCAGCCUGCCUUGAAAGCACCAAAGGACCAUCUUCCAAACAGAGUUGCACCUCCAUCGGUUUUGGAGAAACUUGUCACUCUCACCAAAUACAUCACCAGUCCUUCCUGGAAGGCCGUCAGAUUUGUGUUAGGAACAUUCUUCCCAUUAGCCAUCUUCACGUUGAAAUUCCUCGAGUGGUGGAAUAACUCAGACUUCGCCCAAAAGGUCGCUAAGUCUCAAGGCAAUGCGCUUGAGGGAAGCAUUCCAACACCUGCUUCGCUAGACAAAUUCAAGCUAUUCAGAGCGAAGCCCAAGAAAAUUUACAAGUCUGGCAGUACCUGUCCCUUGUGUAAACAAGAGAUCCUGAACCCAGCCAUCAUUGAGACAGGCUACGUCUUCUGCUAUACGUGCAUCUACAAUUACCUAACUGAAUCUCAUAAACAUGUGAAGAAGAGAAAGGCUGAAGAGAGUGAUAGCGAGAGCGAAAGUGACGUUGAUGAGGAUGAAGACGAGGAAGGCGAAGAUGAGACUCAGGAGAAAGAGGAAGACGUUGAUAAGCUGCGAUCUGAAAAAUCCACAGAACAGGCCGAUAUCGAGAAAGGCGGGCGUUGUCCUAUCACUGGUCGUCGCUUACUUGGUUGUAGAUGGAACAGCCUCACUCAAGAGUUUGAAGUUGAUGGAAUCAGAAGACUCAUUUUCUAA